AUGAAAGAGAGAAAACGUGCUGAUUCAGAGAUGGCUAAAGCAAAGGAGCAAAGGGAAGUUGCUGAAACAAAUGGAAUGAAGGUCAUAGAAGAAAAAUCUCGUGCUGAUAAUCUUUCGCGGCAGUUGGAAAAUGCUAGAAUAAAGAUUGAGGAAUUGGAGAAGGGGAUAAAUGGAUUCAUACUCUCCAAAAAUAUGGGUGUGGCUUUUGAUGAUCAACAUGAUGAAAUUUUGAAUGGUGAAGCUGUCACAACCAGGAUUAGGGAUUUGUUGGAAAAUUUGAAGGACAAUUCAGAUCAAUCAGAGCUGGUUUGGGGUUUUUUAAAUUCUGAGGCUACAACCAAAAGGUUAGAUAUUGAGAAGCAAAAAGCUAUUACUGAGAAAAAAAUUGCAGAUUCAGAGAUGGUGGAAGCAGAAAAUCAAAGAAAGCUUGCAGAAAUGAACAAGAAGGUGGCAGAAGAAGAAAAAUCUCGCACUGAUCUGUUGUCUCGUCAGCUAGCAGAAGAUAAAAUAAAGAUUGAAGAAUUGCAGAAGCAGAUACAGGCACUCCUGUCCUCCAAAAAAAUAGUUGUGACUUCUUCAGUUUUACCUGACAAAGCUAUGAAUGUGGAAAAGACAAAACUAAAGCUCUUGGAAAAACAAGUGAAGCUUGAAAAGAUGCGAUUAAAGCAUGCCAAAGAAGUGGCUAAGAUGGAAAAGAACCGUAAUAGUAUUCUACAGCAAGAACUAGCUCGCUUGAAGCUUGAUUUUGGCCAAAUGUUGUUUCGCCUGGAUGUACUGGAUAAAUAUUUCUCAACUAACGAUGAAGGUACAGAGAAACCGGAAAAGAUUGGGGACCUCAGAACCAUGCGAAGGUCCAAGUUGAAGAGAAAACUUGAUGCAGAAGAGCCAUUUCAGACAUAUUCUAAUAAUGGAAGUGAACUUUUCAAGCCUAGCUGCAUGGCUAUGGCUGUUUCUGAACCUCUCACGCAAAUGCUUCACUGUACAGCUCCAUUUUUUUCUCCAUCUAGUGGGAACCAUGCUGCAUCCAUCUCAGGUAUUGAUUCUAAAUUGGAGUCUCUGCUUGGAGGCUCUAACCGAAAAUUGUUACAGACUUCUGCAAUAAAUUCCAGUUCGGCAUCUUUUUCUGAUGGUCAGUUGGUCGGCUCACAGGAAAGGGGUGCAUUUGUUCCCACACCGAAGAACUUGGUAGAAGAAAACUUUAAUGCACAAACAACAAUUUCCAGCAUGUCUGGUGAAGUUACUAAAGUACAGCAUGAUGAAAAUCUUGCUGUGGUAGCUGAAAAUAGUGUUAGAAGUCCUCAUAGCUUUGACAUUAUUGGAAGAGUUAAUGGACACAGUAGGAAGAGGAUGGUCCUUGAUGCAGUUGAAUCUGUUGAACUUUUGUAUUCGGAGGGUAAGAAGCUGCACCUGCAGAUGGAAGAGAAACUCUCUGUCUUGCAUGGCAUGUUAAACAGGCAAAUUGAAAAACCACAGGAAGAAGCCAAAUAUGUGGAAUCUAAUAUGCAAGGUGGUUCAUAUGCUAAGCAUGAGAGCUCUCGUAAGAAAAGAAAGGUAUCUCAUGAAGAGAAUGUAAGUAUCCACCAUUUAUCUGGUGUAGAUCUGCUAGAGAAGAGCAAAAAACCUGGGAAAGAAGUCGUUGAGGAUGCAAAUGCCUGUGGAUAUACCUCCUCCCCUGCCAAUAAUUUAAUGGUAACUUCAAAAACAUUCAGGGAAGGUUUGAGUGAUUCUUUUGAAAGUGGCCCUGAAGGUAUGGUAAGUUUUGAGGAAGUAGCUGAUGGCAAUUUCAUGAAAUUGCUGGACUUGGAUAGCACUGCAGAUGAGGAAUGUUACAGGAGAGCAAUGGAAAUGCCUAUAUCCCCAACUCUACCUGAGAUAGGGUCUUCAGGUGCUGAAAUAUCUGACAAUAUGGAUAAUUAUAAACCCUUGCUUGAUGAAAGCUUCCUUGGAAGUUUACCGAAUGGAAAGGAAUCUCUAGUGCCUUCUUUUAACUCAGACGUCAUUGAUGUGGAAAUUAGUUCCCAUCAAUUGAGAAACAGCUCCUUUGGAUCUUCCUGUGCUGAUUUGCUACAUGAAAAUGAAGGUCCUGCAGAUUCGUUUGAUAUAGUAGGCAAUAGAAGUGGCUCUUGUAAUACCAUGGAUGCUGGAAAAGUUUCUGAUGGUCAGACCAGGGAUCUUGGAUCUGGAUUGGACAUUGAGAUGUUGAAUAUACCUAGUUCUAGAUAUGAGGGCCUGAAGUUUCCAGUUGAAGGUGAACUUGGUUCUAUACUUGACAAUAUUCCUAAAUACUGUGUGAUGUUUUCGGAUAUAAAUGACACUAUAAGCAUGUCUAGAGUAGUUUUUGCUACUCGAACUUGUGUGGCUCGCUGUUCUUUGGACAUUCAAGCAGAUGGUAUGGUUCAAAAGAUCUUGCGUGCUCUUAAAAAGGAAGAGAAAAUUUUACCCAAGGAGAAGGCUUGCACAUUUUUUACGUUAUUGCUACUGAGUUUCUCUGCUUGCAAUUGGGGGAAAUUUGGAAGCUUUUUGGAUCGGGAUUUUCUCCUCUGCUUAGAUUCUUUUGCCAGAGACAUAAAUGCAGUUGUCUCUGAUGCUGAGGCAAGAAACUUGUUUGUGGAAGUAUGUUGUUUGGACGAACUGCUUGGUCUUAUAGAAGAAUUCCUCCUAGAUGCAAAAUUGAUGGUAUAUGCAGAUCAAUCUUCUGAGCCUUUGCGUGGAUGUGGUUCAAUGAUAGACAUCCUUCUGGACGGUGUAAAUAUAAAAUUUGCCUCCAAAUCAGCUUCAGCCGACCUUUUGGUGGCAGGGAGCAUCAUACUCGCAUCAAUAUGUGCAGCAAUUGACCACAUUGGAUUUCUUUGUCAGGCUUCAUACAGCCUUUUGCAGAUGCACAGAUGUGAUACUGUUUCUGUGCUUACUAUUCUUCACAUUUUUGCUUACUUGUCUGGAGAGAAGUAUCUCUCCCCGAGGAAGCACAGUUUGACAAUGACUGUGUUAAAAUCAAUAAUCAUGUUUCUUGAAGGGGGAGAUUCAUCAGCUGCUUCCAGUCUUACCAUGUCUAAGGGUGGAAUGUUCCAUCCAUGUGCUAAAUGCCCAUUUUCAACAGAUGCUGUUUCCAUAGAUAUUAUUACGUCAAUACUCUUGGAAAAGCUUCAGAAUUGUGCUGUUUCUGGAAUCAUGCAUCAUCUGAUGGAAUCACCCAGCUUGUCAAAUGCCAAUGUAUUAAGCUGUAAGGAUGCAGCUAAACAGAGUUUAAGUCAUGAAGAGGGGUUUUCAGCUUUUGAUAUGAAUUGUGAUGCAUCCUGUAGUUUAAACAAGUGUUUGAUGCCUGCCCAAUCAAAUUCUGUUAUGAAUGGGACUUUAUGUGACUUCAGUGAUCUUCUAUCAUUGGUCGAGCUGCUUGCUUGCUAUAUGAGCUGGGAGUGGACUUGUGGCAAAAUUAUAUCUGAGCUGUUGGAAAUUCUAGAAAGAACUAAGCUAGACAGCUUUGCUAUUGCCGAAAUUAUCCUCCUUGGUCAUCUUGGAAGGCUGGGGGUUGCUGCUUGUGGCUAUGAAGAUAAAGGAGUAGAGAACUUGAGAUGUAAAUUGUCUGGUUUUCUUUUAAGGGACACUACCAUCAGAAUGGCUCUUCCUGUUCAAAUUGCCUUGGCCAAUGCUUUGCUAGGGCUACUUUCUCUUGAUUUUGAAAAUAUUAUUGAGAGUAAUUCUAACCCUCCAGCAACUGGUUGUCAAUCCGUUUCCGUUGAUCAUAUAAGAAGCUGGUUCUCUUCACUUACCAAGGAGCAGCAAGCAUGGUCACGCAGCCUCUUACAAUCUUCUGAUGUUCUAUAA